AAAAAAAAAAGUUUUAUGGGCGGAUGGAAGGGGCCGGGGCAGCUCCGGGGAAGGGAAGGGCUGGAGCUGAGGCGGCCGGCGGCCGAGAGGGGCGGCGGGCUGGGUGCGCUGCGGAGCCCGGCCCGAGAGUGCCCAGCAACGUCCCGGGGCGCCGCCAUGACGCCCGAUCUUCUCAACUUCAAGAAGGGAUGGAUGUCAAUCUUGGAUGAGCUUGGAGAGUGGAAAAAGCAUUGGUUUGUGCUGACGGAUUCAAGCCUCAAAUAUUACAGGGAUUCCACUGCCGAGGAGGCAGAUGAACUGGAUGGGGAGAUCGACCUGCACUCCUGCACAGACGUCACUGAGUAUGCAGUACAGCGCAACUAUGGCUUCCAGAUCCAUACCAAAGAUGCCAUUUAUACCUUGUCGGCUAUGACCUCGGGCAUCCGGAGGAACUGGAUUGAGGCUCUCAGGAAGACUGUGCGUCCAGCUUCAGCCCCCGAUGUCACCAAGCUCUCAGACUGCAAUAAGGAAAAUACGCUGCAUGGCUAUGGUACCCAGAAGGGCUCCCAGAAGAUAGGGGAGCAGCGGACAGGCUCUGAGGUUAUUGGCCGGGGUGGCCCUCGCAGAGUGGAUGGAUCACGGCAGUCACUGGAUUAUGUGGAGCUCUCUCCAUUAACCCCAAGUUCCCCACAGCGUGUGCGCACUCUGACCCGCUCCACUCCUGAGCGCCCAACCAAGCAGGAGGAUCUGGAGCGGGACCUGGCACACCGCUCUGAGGAAAGACGCAAGUGGUUUGAGUCCACGGACAGCAGGACCCCAGAGACUCCCAGUGGUGAUGGGCCUCGAAGGGGCCUUGGUGCCCCCCUGACUGAUGACCAGCAGAGCCGGCUCAGUGAGGAGAUUGAAAAGAAGUGGCAGGAAUUGGAAAAGCUGCCCCUGCGGGAGAAUAAGCGAGUGCCACUCACUGCCCUGCUCAACCAAGGCCAUAGUGAGCGUCGGGGGACCCCCAGUGACAGCCAUGAGGCUCUGGAGAAGGAGGUCCAGUCCCUUCGUGCCCAGCUAGAAGCAUGGCGGCUCCGAGGAGAAGCUCCUCAGAAUUUCCCCAGGUCCCAGGAGAACAGCCAUGUUCCUCCAGGCUAUAUCUCACAGGAAGCCUGUGAGCGCAGCCUGGCAGAGAUGGAGUCCUCACACCGCCAGGUGAUGGAGCAGCUGCAGCGGCACCAUGAGCGAGAGCUGCAGCGGCUGCAGCAAGAGAAGGAGUGGCUCCUGGCGGAGGAGACGGCUGCUACAGCCUCAGCCAUUGAAGCCAUGAAGAAGGCAUAUCAAGAAGAGCUGAGCCGGGAGCUGAGCAAAACACAGAGUCUCCAACAGGGUCCAGAUGGCCUUAGGAAGCAACACCAGUUGGACAUAGAGGCAUUGAAACGGGAGCUUCAGGUGCUGUCUGAGAGGUACUCCCAGAAGUGCCUGGAGAUCGGCGCCCUGACACAGCAGGCAGAGGAGCGUGAGCACACCCUGCUCCGCUGCCAGCAGGAGGGCCAGGAGUUGCUGCGCCACAAUCAGGAGCUGCACUCCCACCUGUCGGAGGAGAUCGACCGUCUGCGCAGCUUCAUCGCCUCGAAGGGCACAGGCAACAGCUGUGGGCGCAGCAAUGAGAGGAGCUCUUGCGAGCUGGAGGUGCUUCUGAGAGUAAAAGAGAACGAACUCCAGUACCUGAAAAAGGAGGUGCAGUGCCUCCGGGAUGAGCUCCAGGUGAUGCACAAGGACAAGCGCUUUACGGGGAAGUACCAGGAUGUCUAUGUGGAGCUGAACCACAUCAAGACACAGUCAGAGCGCGAGAUCGAGCAGCUAAAGGAGCACCUGCGCCUGGCCAUGGCUGCCCUGCAGGAGAAGGAGGCUGUGAGAAACAGCUCGGCUGAGUAGAGGUCCCUGUGGUUCAGCUCAGUGAGGAUCCUCCAGCCCCGGAGGACCAGCCACCCUCCUUCUCUUACAGAAGUCAGAAGCCAAGCUUCCCCCCCCCCACAUGUGCACUCAUACUUGCUAACACAUGCAUGAGCACACACCACACACACACACACACACACACACACACACACUGCGGAUCUGAGCUCGUCCCUCGCACUGGGUCUUACCUUGCACCUUCUUCAGGAUUUUAUAUAUGAAGAGAUUUUUUUAUAUAGAA